GUGUUGCCAACGACGCAAACUCCGAUUAUCGCGCGCCCGCGAAACGCACCCCUCACCCCCUCACCUUAUUCAACGCCGGGUCUACGUCAAUCGGGACGUCUCUUCUCUUCUCCUACCGCGAAACACAAGACACCUUACCCGAACCGAACGAUGACGGCGAUACGUCCGACUGCGGCCAUCCGUGCCGCCCGCGCCAUCAAGACUACCGCUCCCUCUGCGAGGUCCUUCUCCGUGACGACCCGCCGCGCUGGUGGUGGCUCCGACUUCGAUCCCCCUACCGGCUGGCUUUGGGGCGUCAAGCCCGGCGAGAAGUACGAGAAGGAAGGUUGGGAAACGCCCUUCUACACCCUCUUCUGCGGAGGCAUCAUCGCCACCGGCGUUGUCCUUGCCUUCAAGCCUGACACUUCACUUGACACUUGGGCCCUUGAGGAGGCCAGGCGGAGAUUAGAAAAGGAGGGUAUCCUGCCGGAUCCCGAGAAGUGAAUAAGGAGAACUGCAACCUACUACGAAAUUGUGCGACAACCCCGAAUCACUUUUUAUGCGAAGCCUGGUUUGAGAUUAUAGAAAGGGGAUGGGGUAACGGAACACACAAAGACACCGAGCCGCGAGGAUGGACAUUUCUGAUACGGUGAAAGAGGGGAAGAGCGAGAGGAGAAAGACAGGAGGAAAGGGAGCUCGCCCUCGAUAUCCGGCGGCGAUGUCUUUUUUUCCCGAAAAGUGUACAUGACCCUGCCUUUGAACUAGUUUUCUUUUUUCCCGCACACUUUUCUUGCACUACGAAGACUCAUCUGAUCUUCACGAGUCUCUUUGGAUGAUUGAUUAGAUUUGUAUU